GAUGCUCCAUUCAAUAGUGGGCAUGACCCAGAGCAUUGCAGAACUGAAAAAUACACUAGCCCUCACUCGGAUCCGGUUUUUGCAGGAUGAUCCGACCAUUCUUGAAUGGUUUAGGCGAUUAUGACACCCACGAUUUCAACCACAGUACCCACGAUUUCAACCACAGUUUGCUCCAAGCAUUUCAAAAAACAGCAUAGCAGAGCAUUCACCUAUCCAUCUUUCAAUCUCCGGCGUGUUAAAUUGUUUUCAUCUUACUUAGCAUCUCUCAAGCGAUGGACAGUGGUCGUAAGCGCAUCCAUUUGGGUGCUCUUUCUCCUUCCUCCGCGAGAAGCGGACAACGGAGACGUUGUUCAGAAAACGAGCAUUCCUGUCCUGAUGCUGUUGAAAAUGUGGACCCGAAUACAACCUCCGGAACAGGUACUACCACUUUUGGUUGUAGAGAUGGAUUUUUGACGCCAUCACAGAGACGGCUACACGGCGUUGAUCUAUCUAAAGCAUCAACUCCCGCACCAGGUGAUGUUUUUUGAUGCUAAAUCUCUCCAAAUUAUGGCUGUUUAUGUGUUUGAUUGUGCUACCUAUUCUGUCAAUAGAUUUUAUCGCCAGUUUUAGCAGCAAACAUUAACCAGCAUUUUAUUACCAAGUAGAAUAUCAUCAUGAUUCAAAUUAGUUAGUUCAUUUCUUUGUUUAGUUAUGUAUGAAGUUAUUAUCUAUUUUGUUCACCAAAUAGGCAUAUGGAGUGUUGUGUAUUAAUUGAGAUUUGCAAUCACAGAAUUGACUAUUUUUUCCAAAUUUAACUAUUUUCUCAAUGCAGUUAUUAUUCACUAGAUCACAGUCACAAAACUCUCUGUGGAGUCAGUCAUGUUCUUUUACUCCCCUCCAGGUUAUAUAUUUUUUAUUUUCAAAACUUGCAUGUGUUUAUGUGGACCAAUUUGUUUUUACUUGCACUAUAUAUAGAAAUUUAACACAGGACAAAUUUCCUAUUAAACUACAUAUUUUACUUUUGGAUGAAGGUUGAGGAAAUGGUAUGGCAAAUUCUCAUCUAGACUUGGAUGGUUAUACAUGUACAACACUAAUAUAUGGUUCUUACUUUUGUUUGAGGUUAUAUUUUGCAUUUAUAGUUACUGAUUGAUAUUAUUCAUUUAGUCUAAUUCAUAUCUGCUCUGAUUUUACAAAAAGGAGCUUUCUUUUCUGGUUAUAUUAUUGACAAGACAUAAGCACUGAAUAGACGUAGCAACUAUCUCACUAAGGUGUAUCCAAUGCCCAUGGAUCUGCAAUACUUCAUGUAAUAUUUGCUCAAUAUAUGCGUGCAAUGAACAACCCAAACAAAAUGAUUCCUGAGAAGUUAAAAAAAAAGUCUCGAAUUCAUUCGUAUGGGAGAAUGAAUAAUCUAUGCUCUACUGCUACAAUAGCUGCCAAACAUCAUCGACCUUUACUUAAUAUUUAUGCUGUUUAAGGUAUGUAUCUAUAUGCAUAGAAUAUUAGCUAGCAAUGUAAGUCAAGACAGUUUUUUUAAUUGAUUUUUGACUAAAAGCUCAGGCUUCGGAAAAAAAUCUUUAUCAGCUGUAAAUCUGUAAUAUAACAAAUUCAAGACUGAGUAUUUUACGAAAUAGUAGUGCACUAAAUUUAAUCAAACUUUAAUUUCUGUAGGACUAUUUCUUCCAAAAUUAUGUGGAUCUCGAGGAAUCAAAAUCUGAUGCCAAUUGACCAAGCUGAUGAGUAGCUCUGGUGGGUGGAACACGUAAAAAUACUACCAUCACAAAUGUUUCCAUGACCAGUCCCAUUACAAAUCAAGUCUACUCAGAUUUACACGAUGUAAAGUAUUCCAGUUUCAUGUUCUAGCCGUAACAGGAUCAUCCUUUGAUUUUGGUGAUCAUGUCAGUUUGCAGGCUGGUGCAAAGGAGUAGAGUAUCGGCCUAAAAAGAUAUGUAAAUUGAGAAGGAUGAUGCAACUACCAUAUCCUGUUGCACUAUAGAUUAAUUUUUGUACAAAAACACCAAUGCAGGAUAUCAGUAUAACAAAGCAUGAAAAACUUUUGCUAUUGGCUCUGUACCUUGCUUUUCACCCAGUAGCUGACAGAUUGAACCUCCAGUUUUGCUAGAAUAGGGAUAUUGUUGUGGUUGUUUCUUUUAUUUUUUUUAGAAUUUGCUUUAGAAACAUAGAGGUAUAAUUUAAUAUGAAAUGAUAUUUGUUUGUGUUGCUUCCUUUAAA